UUAGAGAGAGAGAGAGAGAGAGGAGGAGGAGGAGGGAGAACGAGGGAGAGAGGAUCGCUUCGUAUAAAAGCCAGCGAAGGCUUGACGAAGAUUUCUUUUUCAAGUGUGGGGAUAGGAAGAGGAAGCGCGAGAGGCAAGGAGAGUUUGUGUCUGUCUCUCGCCUUCCAGACACAGGAAAGUGCGGCCAUGGCGGACUCGAGCGAUUCGGUUUCCGUUGAUAUGGAGACGAUCUCUCUUGGUGGAAAGGAACAUAUUGUACAGACAGGCCAUGGUCCUGUGUCUGUUGUGGUGUUUGGCGACCAGGAUAAACCAGCACUUGUUACUUAUCCUGACUUAGCUCUAAAUCAUAUGUCCUGUUUCCAAGGAUUAUUCUUUUGUCCAGAAGCCGCUUCUUUGUUGCUUUACAACUUCUGCAUUUAUCAUAUUAGCCCUCCUGGGCAUCAGUUGGGUGCUGCUGCAAUUUCUUCAGACAUCCCUGUGCCUUCUGUUGAUGACUUAGCAGAUCAGGUUGCUGAUGUUCUCGACUUCUUUGGGCACUCAUUUUGUACUGGAAGGCUGUAGAAAGUCUUUAGAAUAUUCUUCUGUGGAGGAACAAAAGGGAAGACAAAUCCCCCGUCGUGACAGUUUCUUUGAAAAAUAAUUUGCUUCUAAUGGUGUGAGCAUGCUAUUUUCUGCUUUUA